AAACAAUCUAAACAGAAAUCAUAUAACCAUACAAUACAAACUUUCAAAAAUUUAUUUUAGGUUAAAUCAGUAAAGAAUUAUGAUUUAAAAACAAUAAAUAUUGUUUAUUUGUAUUAGAUAGUUACGACAAAGCAAACCUUCCCUGCUUGAAAAUGAUGCUUUUAAACGUGUUUAUUCAUAACUAGUAAUGGAAUUAUAAAUAUCAAAUUAGGAGUUUUUAAAAAAUGCAAUAUAUUAAGAAAAUUACGGAAAGUAGAAAGGGGAGGUAUGACGUUUUCUCUUAUCAAUGAAAUCUAAGAGGAAGAUCAAAGGUACAUUUUAAUUCUUAGUUUUUAUGUAUUUUCCGGGUUCUGUGAUGGUCACUCACACAUCCAACAAAAUGAAUGACGAUUCAGCGAAUUUCUGUCCAAGUUACUUCAUCUAAACCUCAAGAACUAAAUGCAACACUGUGAAUGAUAUUGUUUUGAAGAGGGUUUGUUUUGAAAAAGGCAUUGAAUUGAUAACAAACAGUGAAAAUGGGUGUACCAAAAUUUUUCAGGUUUAUUAGUGAACGUUACCCAUGCCUCUGUGAAGUGGUGAAAGAAUAUGAGAUUCCAGAAUUUGACAAUUUUUACAUUGAUGCUAAUGGAAUCAUCCACAACUGCUCUCACCCUGAUGACAGUGUUCAUUUCAGGAUUAGUGAAGAAGAAAUUUUUAAGGAUAUAUUUUACUAUCUUGAGGUUUUAUUUAGGCUGAUUCAACCAAAGAAACUGUUUUUCAUUGCUAUUGAUGGUGUUGCUCCUAGAGCUAAAAUGAAUCAGCAAAGAAGUCGAAGAUUCAGAACGGCAAAAGAUGCUGAGUUAGCCCUUAAAAGAGCUGUUGAUAAAGGUGAAGAGCUGCCUGACACUGAUAGAUUUGAUUCUAACUGUAUUACUCCAGGAACCGUUUUUAUGGACAAGCUACACAAGCAGCUGCAAUAUUUUAUCAAGCAUAAGAUCUCAACUGACUCAACAUGGCAAAAACCAAAAAUUAUUUUAUCAGGCCAUAAUGUUCCAGGUGAAGGAGAACAUAAGAUUAUGGACUAUAUUAGGUACUUGCGAUCUCAAAGUGAUUGGGAUCCCAAUACAAGGCAUUGUCUUCACGGCUUGGAUGCUGAUCUCAUUAUGCUUGGACUAUGUACUCAUGAACCUCAUUUUGCUCUUUUAAGAGAAGAGGUUAAAUUUUCAAGAACUGCAAAAAAACCUAAAAAUGUUGAAGAAACCAAAUUUUUUUUACUUCAUCUGUCUAUGAUGCGAGGUUAUUUAGAAUUGGAAUUCCAGUCAUUAAAAGAGAAAUUGUCUUUUGAAUAUGAUAUUGAACGCAUCAUUGAUGAUUGGGUAUUGAUGGGUUUUUUAGUAGGUAAUGAUUUCAUUCCCAAUCUCCCUAAGUUUCACAUUGCUAACAAUGCCCUUCACAAAUUGUAUCAAGCUUACAUGGAGGUUCUUCCUUCUUUAGGAGGGUACAUAAAUGAUUAUGGGACUUUGAAUUUAGAAAGGUUUGAAAAAUACUUAACAAAACUAGCUGAAAUGGAACUAGACAAUUUUAGAGAUAUACAAGCUGAUAUUAAGUAUUUAGAAAGUAAAUCAGGAAAGAGUCUUCUUUCUGAUGAAACUGAUGAUGCCUUAUCUAAAUUUGAUGAUGAUUUAAUACGCCUCAUGGAAGAUUCUAAUAAACUGUUUGAAGGUGAUGUUGACCUGGAUUUUGAUAGUUCUGAUGAAGAGCAACUUAUACAGGACGAGUUCAAACAUCAUAAGGCCCGCUUCUAUAUGGAAAAAUUAAACUAUGAGAAUGUAGACAGUGAGGUUUUGAGGAGCCAGGCUGAAUGCUAUGUUCGAGCUAUACAGUGGAACUUGUUUUAUUAUUACACAGGUUGUCCAUCUUGGUCGUGGUUUUAUCCCCAUCACUAUGCACCAUACGUUUCAGAUAUAAAAGGAUUCACUGAUUUUGAUUUUAAAUUUGAUUUGUCAGCUCCGUUUCAACCAUUCCAACAACUUCUUGCUGUCUUACCUGCUGCAAGUAAAAAUAUUGUACCUGAACCCUUCCAAGACCUGAUGGCUUCCCCUAAUUCACCUAUAAUUCAGUUUUAUCCUCCUGACUUUGAAACAGAUUUAAAUGAUAAGUUGAAUGAUUGGGAAGCAGUGGUUUUGAUUCCGUUCAUUGAAGAGAAAAGUCUUUUAGAUGCCAUGCAACCUCACUAUAAAAACUUAACUGAAGAUGAAAAUAGGAGAAAUUCUGUACAGCCUAUGGAAAUUUAUGAAUAUACUUCAAUUAAUUUAGGUCGUUGCGAAGCUCCUGAAUUCUUUCCCCCAAUUGAAAAUAAUUAUGCUCAAAUGACAGCUCUUUCAAGAUCAGAUAUUGCUGUCGAUCCUAGAAAAGUUGUAAAAGGUAUACUUCCUGGAGCUCUUUCUGGAGCGAGAUAUGGAUUUCCACAACUGCGUGGUAUUUCUUUUAAGGUAGAAUUAAAAUUGGCAAAGGUUAAAGUUUUUGAACAUCCUAGUAGAGGAGAAAACAUGAUUUUAAAAAUAGAUCGAAUAGAAUUUGAAAGUGAAGAAGUGUUGUAUUCCAUGGCUGAAAAACUGCGUAACAAUGUCAUUUAUGUUGGUUGGCCACAUAUACAGAAAGGAAGAGCUACUGCUAUUUCAUCCGAACAAUGUCAGUUUAAAAUUGAACACAAUAAACCACCUGUUAAAUAUGAUGAUAAAACCAGACAUAAGCAGGAUGCUGCUGAUCUUCAACAAAGAUAUUUGUCAAACUUGGGAAUAGAUCUAGGAAAAGUGGAUAUCAUAAUUUAUAUAAAAACUGUUGUAGAUAUUAGAGAACAAUUUGAUGAGAGCAAUGCUUCUAAAACUUGUGGAAAAAGAACUUACAUGUGGAGCGAAUCAAGUUAUCCAUUUCCUUAUCAGACUUAUCUAGACCUAAAUAAAUCCAAAUUAAUUGACAAUGAUGAAGAAUUGGAACAAAUGAAGGAUUUAACUGAUAUCUUUUCAGUGGGAAAAAAUGUAUUUCUACUGGAUUUAUUAAACUAUGGGAUGUUAGGAAAAGUGAAAUCUAUCGAAAAUGCUAAAAUGGUAAAAGUUGCUAUUAAUGUAGAUUCCAAUUUGGAUCUUUCUGGCAUUCUUGAUCUUUCACAUAAAACGGAUCUUAAGUAUUAUCCUGGCAGCAUAGCUUCUCAGAGGCUUGGAAUUGGCAGUCAUCUUUUUUCCCGCUUGACUGGAUCUAUUUUUAUUAAGAACGCAGAUCGUGAUGAAAGAAUCAAUGUUGGUCUAGGACUAAAAUUUACAAAACAAGGAGAAGAGCUCAUAGGUUAUACAAGAAGAGAAGGCAAUAUUUGGUAUUAUUCAGAAAAAACUAUUGCACUUCUUGAUGAAUAUAUGGCUAAAUUUCCUGAAUUGUUUGAAAAACUUCAAACAAUGAAAAAUGAGGGUGACAUGUUUCUUUCUAAGGAUGUCUUUCCAGAUAAUACGGAUGAAAAAGUGAGUGAAAUUAGAACUUGGCUUAAAGCACAGGCUCAUACUAGUGCAGAGAGAAGGCCAUCAGGUUCACAGAUCUUAACUCCUGAAGCCAUGAAAGAAAUUGAAAAACGUGUUAUUGAAUAUUGUGCUAAUAAAUCUGAUAAGACUAUUGAAAUCACUGUCAAUCCUUCAAGUAUAUACAUUCCGAAGCCAAGACUUAGCAAGUUGCCUCCUGAUCCAAAUACUACUGUCAGCAUGUUGGAUCGUAUUGUUUCUGUUAGAGAAAACCAUUGUAUACCAUUGGGUUUAAUGGGGACAGUUGUUGGUGUUGACAAACCUGGUAACAGUGCAAGUGCAUUAUAUGAUAUCUUAUUUGACAGUCCUGUGAUUGGUGGAUCAUGCCGUUCCUGUGUGCAGCCUCGAAUUUACAGGCUUCCAAGUCAAUCAUUUAUUAAUAUCUCUUACGGAACAAGAAAGUCUGGCAAAGUAACUGUUUCUACUGCUCCUAAAAUGGCCCAUGUCAAUCAUACAAAUCUUGGAGAACCUUGGAGAGCACAAAACUACCAAAACCCUCGAAAUGAAAACAGGUUUUACCAGAUCCCUAGGAAUAGAGAAUUUAAUCAUCAACAAAGUAGAGAACUUAAUUUUCAACAAAGUAUCCCUCAAGGCAAUGACUCAGUGAAGCAGUUCCUUCAAAGUUUUAAUCCUGGAAAUCAACCAUCAUUUCCUGCCAGCCCGGUUCCCCCAACUAAUAAUAGGCAGUUAGGUGCCGAUUCAGAAUUUAAAGCUAUGUGGAAUUUCUUACAGAACCAGAAAGUACCUGACGAUAAGUCUUUGCGACCUAUUCCUCCUACAAAGAUCGCUACAUCUCCUAGUGAAACAGUAGUUGAGCAAACCAUUGCUCUUCGUAAAAUCCUCAAGUUGAAUGAAACACCAGUCCUACCAGUUAAUCAACAUUUCACUCCUGAAUUUCAACCUCAACUGAUGCAGCAUGCCAAUAACAGCAAUCGAAGGGUUAGCAAUAUGGUUCCUCACAAUACCAGUAAUUUUGUUUUCAAUCAAGGGAGUAUAAUGAGGCCAAAGACUUGCAGUCAUCUUAAUUGUGACCUAGAGUUAAGGAAUUUAUGUGUUAAUAAAAAUCUCGAAGGACCUAGAUAUAGUUUUAAGCCUUUAGCAUCUUCUGGAGAAAUAUCAUGUAUUUUAACAUUUCCAAAUGAUAUCGGAAAAGUUAUUGGAGAUUCUUGUAGAAGUCAAGAAGAGGCAACUGAAAAUGCUUCUUGUAAAGCUAUUAAACUAAUCUUAAAGAGGGAAGAAAUUGUGAGGAGUCCUUUAGGUUAUAGAAAUAUUCAUCGACCACCUCAACCAAUGGCCAUGCAAUCACAACAGUCCACCUCCAGAAUUGGAAUGAACCAGCAACUUCCUACUCCUCCUAUGCAAUGGUGUUCUAGUAAAACCAAUAAUCCUGAAAUGCAGUUUUCACCAGCGAUGAGGAAGCUGUCUGGUAGAACCUCUCAGGAACAGGUAAGAUCACCACAACAAGCAUUAAGUCCAGUCAUUCCAAACUCUCUGCAUGAAGAAUCAAGAAGUUAUGGAUCAAGAGCUGUGAAAAAUGAAGAGAACCACCCUUCACCCGGUGAGGAAGGAAAUCAAAAACCUAAGCCUAACCAAGUUCGCAGAUCUGCAGCAAAAACAAAAAGUAGAAUUGCUGCAAAAUUUUCAACUCCAUUACCUGAUAGCAAAUAGUUAGCUGUUUGUGUAUAAUACUUAAAUUAAUUAAUAUAGAUUUAUAUAAAUAUUAUAUAUAUUUAUAAUUGUGUACAUUCUGAAGGAAACAGGUUUUCUAUUACAUAUUUGUACAUAUAUUACAUACCUCAUAUCAUAUACCUGUUAUAGGAAAAUUAAUCAAUGUAAUAAUUAAAGUGUUUUAUUUAACUCUUCAGCUUUUAUGAAAAUUAUAUCUUCUUAAUCUCUUCUCAGCAGAUGAAUUGCUGAAAAUUGUGACUAGACAGAUAAGUUAAUUUGUAAAUUAAGAAUUUGCUCCUUGUGAUAAUCUUUAUCGUUUUAAUUUUGUAUAACACUGAUAUUGUAAAAGUCUUUUGAAAAUUUUAGGUAUUUCGGACAAUGGUUCUCUCAUACCUUUAUAUUUUAAAUAUUUUAUGUUAUAACUGAAAUAAGGACUUGUCAAAAUUUAAAAUUCCAUAGGGGAAUAUGUAUGACCAAUUUUUCUAACUGAUGAUUUUAUUUUUUGUUAUUGUUAUUUUCUUUUGUGUAAACAUUUUAUCAUAAUAUGGACUGAAAAAGAGUAAUGUGUGUAAAAGAAUCAUUUUAAGAUCUAAUUCAAUAAAAAUUAUGCCUUUUUGAACAGUAUUAUGUUUCUUGUUUUAUUUUAUUUUACUUCCAAAUUUUUUUUAUCUAUUUACCUUAAAAAUAUUUUAAUAUGGCAGACCUUUUUAAAACUAAACUUUACAAGUGCUGUAACAGAAUAUAACUUGCUCAAGUUUUUAAAUAUAAAUAGAUUCAUGGUAUUAACCGCUCAACUGCAUUUAAAAUAGAAAGCUUUCUUCAAAAUACGAUUUAUUACAGACAGAAUUCCAUAAUGUUCUCUCUCUUUAAAUUAUUUUCGUACUCAUUGCUCACUGAAUAAAAUUUUUAGCUCACUAAAUUUUAUUUAGUUUUCCUCAGUCUCAUUCUUAUGUUUGGAUAAUAGUGGUUGCGAC